CUGCGGCGUGUUUGUUUACAUUCUUACCGCGUUGCGUGCGUGCAUGCCAUUCGUGCCAGUGAUAGCUCGCGAUAUCGUGAUAUUUUUGGAAAUCGUUAGUGAUUAUUGAAGUUCAAAACGUGAGGAUUAUUAUCUAGACUAUUUCACCGCCUACGGCGCAAUGGAUUACCACAAGCGACUCGACAUAGCGGAGAUGUUCCAAGAGCCACCGGAGUACAAACCACCCGGCACGGCGGAACAGCUGGCAUGCAGUGUCGAUUAUCCAAACUUGAACUCGCAGCAGUACCGCAUGACCCGCAAGCCCUCGCCAAACAUUCUGCACCCAUGCUUGGAGCACGCUGCACGAAACGCAAACGGACAGGUCAUCCUGGCCGGAAGUGAUUACAUGGGUCGCCGAUGGGGUUCCAGUUUCUUCGGCUGGGAAAACAUCGACGAUGUUCUGAACGAUGCCAAGAUUAGCUUCAAACGACAGUGCCGAUAUUGUAUCACGGCGAUGCAGUUCACCAAGGAUCCCAAUCUGUUCGUCAUCGGAACCGACAAGGGCUCCGUAGAACUAUGGUCCACACGGAACGAAGCCCGCGGCGAAGGCUACUCAUUGUACCUGGUGGAUGGCCAGUCCGAGCACAUCGAAGGAGUUUCCGCAAUGGAUCUGAUCGAAGGAGGAGAAAGUAAAUUGGUUACCGGUUCGCAUGAUGGCUGCCUGAAGGUGUGGAACUACGCGGCCGAUCUGCACUCAGUUAAAACGAUGACGAUGGCCCAUACCGAUGCCAUAACGGGACUGUCGACCAAUCGGGCGGAUGACUCGAUGUUUGCCUCGUCUUCGUUGGACCAUUCCGCGUUGAUGUGGGAUUUGCGCAAGCCUCGACCGGCUUCGUCCCUGUUCGAAGGUCAUAAGUUCGGUUUUACGACGGUGUACUGGACCACAAAAGAAGAGGCCAAUCAAGUCGUUGCUCUCGGCGAUGAGGCCGGCAACGUUCACUUCAUCGACAUCCGACAGCCGGACGUUCCGACGCAUUCCGUGAAGGUGUUCAACAAAAAGAUUCACAAGAUCUCGUUCAACGGCACUCAGUUUGUUGUACUCGGGGAUACGAAUCAGGCGCGAUUUUACGACGAGAAUCUGGCCCUGCUGCACGAAUGCACACCGGCGACGAACUAUCUUCGGGAUGUGCUUUGGGAAACGGGUGAAACCAAGGAGAAAUCCACCUGUUGGCUAGUUGGAUGGGAUACGUUUAUCCAUAAGGUAGAGUAUUGAAUGUUCGAAACACAGACACUAUGACUAAAUUCGGUAAAACCUUGACGCUAAGAAGAAAUCCUGCAAUUUCCUUUAUAUACCCAUUACACCCAUAUACCUCAGAUACGAGUAAUGAAAAAAAAAAUGAUACAUGAAAAGAAA